GGCCAGCGCCCGGGCCCUACCAUUCUGAUUGAGGCUAGGGGGUGGGAGGAUGGAGGCUUCAGGAGCUGAGGACUAGGGAACGGUGAGGAGAGUUGACAGCCGAGGAGGAGGACAGCUUUCUGUACAUUCUCUCAGGCACCUGACAGAAGCCCCAACAAUUCGAGGCCGGGCAGCGUGGAAGGAGCAGGGGUGAUGUGGCCCGUUCCCCCUGCUCAGCGCGAUUGGGUGGCGCCUCAGCGGGGGAGCGUGGGGGCGGGGGAGGGUGUCCCCCUCCGCGCCGUUAAAAUGAAACUCUAGUGGCUGGAGUCAGGGCAGAGCGUGAGGGGAGCCAGCGCUGGCUGGUUUGCUUUUAACCCGGCGGGAGCGCUCGACAGAGCAGAGCUAACUGGACUCUCGGACGGCCCCCAUCCCGAGGCUGCAGCAGCUUCGGUUCCAAGCCCGACCGCAACCGAGCCCGAGUCCCGGCCCCUGAGGGGAUCUCUCCCUGCAGACCAGUGGGACCCCGAAACUUGAACGCAAUACCCAACCCCCUUUUUAUGCCCCCCCCCCGCCCGUCACUUCCCCACCUCUCUCCCAAGCGUUCUUUUUUUUUUUCCCCCCUCUCCAUUCCCCCUCCUUCGAAGGACACAAAAGUGGUUUCCUCGGAAGAAUUUGGAGGCAAUGAGAGCUUUUCUCUUUGGAGAGCAAGUGUGUAGAAGAGAUUUUUGGGAAGCCGCUUUUUAGCACCUCUGCCCUCCCCCCCCAAACCUCUCUGUACCUCUCGGAGGAGAAGAGCCCACAGACUGAACGUUGGGGGCGGGGGGCAUUUUGCUCGUUGCCGGAGGAGGAGCGGGGGAGAGGACAGGACCCCCGUCCUCGUCCUGGCAGUUGGCUGGACUUGUACCGGCCGUUGGAAACGCCGAAGUAUAUUUCCGAGUGGGACUUUGACAGAGAGAGAGAGAUGUUAGAUUUUUAAAUAGCAGAUAAAAGUAUCUAUGCUUUCUAUAUAUUUCCUGACGACCUGCCCGUGACAGCGCGAUGUACAAUACCGUGUGGAGUAUGGACCGCGAUGACGCAGACUGGAGGGAGGUGAUGAUGCCCUAUUCGACAGAACUGAUAUUUUAUAUUGAAAUGGAUCCUCCAGCUCUUCCACCAAAGCCACCUAAGCCAGUGACUUCAGCCGUGACAAAUGGAAUGAAGGAUGGUUCUAGUUCUCUUCAGGAUGCAGAAUGGUACUGGGGGGAUAUUUCAAGGGAGGAGGUAAAUGACAAAUUACGGGACAUGCCAGAUGGUACCUUCUUGGUCAGAGAUGCCUCAACAAAAAUGCAGGGAGAUUACACUUUGACUUUGAGGAAGGGAGGCAAUAAUAAGCUAAUAAAGAUCUAUCAUCGAGAUGGUAAAUACGGCUUUUCUGAUCCUCUGACGUUUAAUUCUGUGGUGGAACUCAUUAACCACUAUCAUCACGAAUCUCUCGCUCAGUACAACCCCAAACUUGAUGUGAAGCUGAUGUACCCAGUGUCCAGAUACCAACAGGAUCAGUUGGUAAAAGAAGAUAACAUUGAUGCAGUAGGUAAAAAACUGCAAGAGUACCACUCUCAGUAUCAGGAAAAGAGUAAAGAGUAUGACAGGCUAUAUGAAGAAUAUACCAGAACAUCCCAGGAAAUACAGAUGAAGAGGACUGCAAUUGAAGCUUUUAAUGAGACAAUUAAGAUAUUCGAAGAACAGUGUCACACACAAGAACAACAUAGCAAAGAAUAUAUUGAGCGAUUUCGGAGAGAGGGGAAUGAAAAGGAAAUUGAACGAAUUAUGAUGAAUUAUGACAAAUUGAAAUCACGUCUGGGUGAGAUUCAUGAUAGCAAAAUGCGUCUAGAGCAAGAUUUGAAGAAACAAGCUUUGGACAACCGGGAAAUAGAUAAAAAAAUGAAUAGUAUCAAACCUGACCUGAUCCAGCUGCGCAAGAUCCGAGAUCAGCACCUUGUGUGGCUCAAUCACAAAGGAGUGAGACAGAAACGCCUGAAUGCCUGGCUGGGAAUCAAGAAUGAGGAUGCUGAUGAGACCUAUUUUGUCAAUGAGGAAGAUGAAAAUCUGCCCCAUUAUGAUGAGAAAACCUGGUUCGUUGAGGAUGUCAAUCGAGUACAAGCAGAGGAUCUGCUUUAUGGGAAGCCCGAUGGCGCCUUCUUAAUUCGGGAGAGUAGCAAGAAAGGAUGCUACGCUUGCUCUGUGGUCGCCGACGGGGAGGUGAAGCACUGCGUGAUCUACAGCACGGCUCGCGGCUACGGCUUUGCAGAGCCCUACAAUCUGUACAGCUCGCUGAAGGAGCUGGUGCUCCAUUACCAGCAGACGUCCCUGGUCCAGCACAACGACUCCCUCAACGUCAGGCUCGCCUACCCUGUCCACGCACAGAUGCCCUCGCUCUGCAGGUAGAGAGGAGUGGGAAGAGAGGCGGCUCUCUGGCAUCGUUUCUGCAGCUUGUUAGACGAUGAGGGCAUUCUUUCUACGUAGACUGCUUGUUUUGCACAAGAAGUGAAUCUGUGAAUGUGAAGUGGAGAGAGAGGCCGAGCAGCAGCUGGCCGGGAUGGGGCAUGAGGGGCCUGAGGUUCUCUGGGACUCAGCCGUGCCGCUGCACUGACAUAGGAAGCUGGAAGCAGAUGUUGAUUUUUGGAAAGAAUAUUUCUUUGGGGUUUUUGUUUUGUUUAGCCAGCUUCUCUCAACAGGACACGUUAGGCCUGGUGAGCGUGGGGGGUUGUAUCUGGAAGCCUCUGGCACGUCGCUGUCCUCUUGUGAGAGGCCAUGUCCCUGGGAGGGUGUGGCGGGGCAGGGCUCUGUUGGGGGUCUCUUCUGACCUGGCAGUCUUUCCUAACUUCCUCCACAAAAGAGGGCGGUUUUGGUUCUGUAGUGGAAUGGCACUUGGUGAAAAACACAACCAAAGGAAAAUGGGGAGGCUUGGGAUUUCAUUUAAAGACUCGUAGUCAAGGGGUAAAAAGCUCUCACCCGAAGGUACUUUAUUUCUUAACCAACAUAGUUUAGGCAUCAGCAUCUCAUCGCUCCUCCUUCUAAAGAAGCAUUCUGUUUAGAAACCAAAUUGAUUUCAGCAGAACAGUGAUUGUUGCCAGACGAAGUUCUGAUGGAAAAAAGCGGCCCUCGUAUCUGAAUGCACAUGUCUGUCCCAAACCUGAAAAUCAGAGGAAGCCUCGAACUUGUUCGUUUCAGCAAACUCGGACAUUGGUCAGUGUACCUCCUCUUGCCUUGCCCUUGUUUCUCAGAGAUGAGGAAUGGUGUUCUUUGUGUGGGCUGGUGAGCUUUGAAUCAUAAAAUGAAGUUGGUGCUUGUGUGGUGUUUCCUUAGCCUAAAGAAUAAUCUGUCCUUCGAAACCCUUGUUCCUUGUUUGUAUGAGUAAAGAAAAGGUGUGAUCCGGUGUUUUAGAUGCUCGAGAUACCAAACAGUGACGCUGGACAGCACGCUUCCGUGUGCUUCCCCGAGGUUAAAGGCCCUGCAGAAUAGUCACCAUGGUUUGCUGUCCCUUCAUCUCCUGUCCUCUGCUGGGUGGGGCCCUGGGGAGCCACAGGUGGCCAGGGCUGUAGCUGAAAGGGAGCCAGUAAAGUGGGUUCAGGGACUUCAGUAAAUCGCAGACCCAGAGGCUCUAGUGUCAAGGGUGAGGGUUGUACCACAUCACCCCUGUGCUUCCAUACACUGGCUUCUGAGGCUUCCGCAAGGAAAGGAAAGGAUGGAUUGGAAAUUAGGCUCUUAGUCAAAGCCGUCUGGACGCUUUUCUCUGUCUUUUUUUUUUUUUUUGGUGUCAUCUUGCCAUUAAGACAAUGUGCAGGCCGUCCUUAGGCGUCAGUGGCCCCGAUUAUAGGCCAGGAAUCUUCCACUCCGUGUGGGUGAGAUCUUCCGGCGGAGCAAAGCUGGGCAUCAGUCACGCCUGCCUCCACUGCGCCCACCGCCGUCUGUCCACACUCACUUGACAGAUACAAUCCAGUUGCCUCCGAGCCAAUCCUAGAGCCGUAACAGGCCCCAGGUGAGUGAGUGGUGCGAGCCCAAAGCUGUGCAGUCAGGUAUCCCGGCUGCUAGAGAAGCCACCGUCUUGAGUCUUGGAGCGUAAGAGUUACAGCUAGGAAAGCUCUAGUUCGGGGGAUGAAAGACAGUAUUUUGCUUUCCCCGAGCACUUAUCUUGGUGAGGGGGUCUAGAAUGGACCGUGACAUAGAAAUAGACAUAGAUGAAAAAUCUGAGGAAAAACCUCCCGAGUUACUAACAGGAUAAGAAGGGGGCAUAUCUUUGGCUUCUCCUUGGUUAUGUCGCAACUUCAGGAUUGGGUGAGGCAGAUAAAUGAAACCCGCUCCAGGGUCACUGUUCUGACCUAAGCUCUUAACCGAGAGCCAGCUGGACAUUCUUCCCCAAAUUGCCGGAUUGAAAUCUUGCUGGUUUUACUGAGUAAUGCCAGACUGACUGCUACCAGGCGUGCCUGGAUGGCUUUGCGCCUGGGGUCGAACCCACUUGAGCAGCAAGCUGCUCGGGAUUGGGCGCAGGGAAUCCCUUCGUCUGGUUCUAAAACUCGGUGUUCCAAAUGUCUCUUACAAGAAAUGGAAACAAGGCUGAGGAUACAUGCCUCUGACAUCAGACUGUGUUCUGCUCCUUGUCUGGCGGGCGUUAGGGUGUGCAGAGAGCGGGCGAGCACCAUCCACUGUCUGCACUUGGCGGGCUCAUGGGGCAGGGCUGCUCUUCCCAAGCCCCACGUUCCUUCAUGCUCUUCUCUCCUUGUUCGUUCUGGAGUUCGUUGCUUUGUGGGAACUAAGACCUAGAGACAUUUGGAGAAUUUGGCAAGUAUUUGCUUGAUCUCGAGCCUGUGGAGAUGGUAUCGGGACCAGUCUGGUAACUACGUGGAGGGUCCUGUGCAUCCCCUUUGCUCCAUGGUCUUGGCACAGACCCUGGCCUCCUUCCUCGGGAUCCCCUCUGUCCUGUCCCACCCUCUGGGCCCUGGGCUUCUCUCUUGGCAUCUGAACUGUAGCCUCCCUGAGGCAGAGUAGCGACAGACCACAACCAGAGGGGCUUAUUGUUUUCCUGGCUAGAAAAGCUGGCCACCAGUGGGGCAGCAGCGUGGGGCUGGCUGGACCCUGGUCCUCCACCCAUCUUUCCUAGGUGGAGCUUUCAUCACAGAACAGUGCUGUCUCCAUCUGGCCACGGAUGCUAACUGAACCUUGGCCAUGGCUCAGGCCUGUACAGGCUAGCUUUAUCCUCACCACUGAUUUGGCCAAGGUUGUGCACUUCCUAGUAUCUUGCCCUACCCUGUCUCCACGCCUGGAUGGGACCUCAUGUGCUUUGAAGAAGCUUUGAGAGCCAGUGUGGUGUCUUCCAUGGGUCUCCUCUCCCUGCAGCAAGAAACUAGCCUCAUGGGUCCCCUUGAGCCAAAUAUCAUCUGGGCAAGUCCUGGUUCCUCGAGGUGGUCUCUGUUGCCAGUUAAGACUCCUUAGUAGGUCUCUGUGCCUCAGUGGCCUCAAAGCAGAGGGUCCAGAGGGUCUCUGCUGUCAACUGCUCAGCCUUGCUCGAGCUCCAGCCACUUGUGACAACCAACCUUGUUCCCUUACCAAUUCCAGCAUGUGACUUUGGUGCCCUGUUGUUACUCGUGAAAAACCUCUUCUUCUGUUGUCUUUGAUGUAGUCAAAAAAAUUCAUGUAGUUACGUAACAAUAUCUGAUUCACAAGGAAGCCAACUCUAUGUCUUGUGUUGGGACAGUUCAUAAUGUAGUUCCUAGACCACUUUUGCGAAUUGUUCUUGUCACCAGAUGUGUUCAGACAUUGCUGUGCAGUUGUGGGGAAGGGAGGGGGAAGGUGAGGGAGAUAAACGUUUCGGUCUUUUUGUUUUUACCUUCCCCAGGAGGGGACAGUCUGGUCAACUUGCUCCAAUAGCGCAAUAAAGACAUUGCAAUAAAG